AUGACUGAAGCAAAAAGUAAAUCCUCUGCCAAUGAGGCUAACACAUACGAUAAAGAAGUUAUCUCUAAACACCCUGAUCUUGAGUUGGCUCAGCUUCGUUUCCUCGUAAAUCAUCCAGAAAUUGAUGCUGCGAAGAAGGCUACAUCUUUGAAUCAAAUACAGGCUGCCAUCAAAGAGAAUGACAUGGCUCCUUUCUAUGAGCUUCUCUGCAGUGACAUCGGUACAGUCCCAGAUGCUACUGAACUUAAAAAUAUGAAAGAGGCCAAUGAAAAGAGAGUAAAAGAAAUUGAAGCUGAGAUCGAAGACGCAGAAACUAAUCUUGGAGGCUCAGAAGUUCGCCAAGCUUGGCUUCGUAAAUUUGAAUAUUUCUGUCAAAUUGGAGAUAAAGAUAACGCUUGCAAAUCUUUUGAUUCCACAUACGCUAAAACUGUCGGAAUGGGUUACAAGAUCGAUCUCGUGUUCGCUAUGGUACGAGUUGGAUUCUUCUUCCUGGAUCAUGCUCUCAUCAAUCAGUACAUAACCAAAGCUAAAGAAUUGAUGGAACAGGGUGGAGAUUGGGAGAGAAAAAAUAAGCUUCGUUCAUACGAAGCUUUGUACAAAUUGUCAGUUCGCGACUUCUCCGGAGCUGCAAACUUGUUUUUGGAGACUGUUCCCACUUUCGGCUCUUACGAACUCAUGACUUAUGAGAAUCUCGUCUUCUACACAGUUGUUACUGCUCUAUUCGCUCUAGAUCGUCCUGAUCUUCGUACCAAGGUCAUAAAGUGCAAUGAAGUUCAGGAACAACUGAAUGGAGGUGGUACAAAUGGCUCUUUGAUAUCCGUACGCGAAUAUCUCGAUGCCUUCUAUGGUUGCCACUAUGAAAAAUUUUUCAUACAUUUGGCCGCACUUGAAGCCGAACGCUUCAAAUUCGAUCGUUACCUCUCACAACACUAUCAUUUCUAUUCCCGUAGCAUGCGUCUAAGAGCUUACGAGCAGUUCUUAACACCUUAUAAAACUGUUCGUAUGGAUAUGAUGGCUAAAGAUUUCGGUGUUUCUAAGAAUUUUGUCGAUAAAGAAUUACACAGACUGAUCGCUGCCGGACAACUACAUUGCCGUAUCGAUGCCGUCAAUGGAGUUAUCGAGAUGAACCAUCCCGAUUCGAAGAAUCACCUGUACAAAACUGUCAUUAAGGAUGGUGACAUUCUGCUCAACAGAAUUCAGAAGCUGGCCCGUGUUAUCAAUGCAUAG